AUGGCUUUCUUUAGAGGAGGGAGAGGAGGGCGUGGCGGCAGAAGCUUUUUCCAUGCUAAGCCACGCUCUUUUGAACUGUUUCCGGCCAUUCCUGAACUAGGUACUGCAGCAGGUGUGAAACAGGAUAUUAUGUUCGCCCGUCGGUAUAUGGUGUUAGAGAAUAACUGGGCCACCUCUCCUUUCUAUAUUGGAGAUGAGAGUGGAAGUUCAAAGAGAACUCAAAGAAAAGAAAUUGAGAGGUUUUCAGAUAGGAAGUUGGGAAGGACAAGAGCAAAAGAACGACUCUCUGACUAUGUUAGAAUGGACCCUGACUAUGUUCCAGCAGAACUGGCAAAAGAAGAAAGGAAGGAUAGACGUGGUGUCAAGAGAGUGAGAUUGAAUCCAGAUUCAGACUUGAAGAGAUUGGAUUUUUUGGAAAAGCUUGAGCAUGAGCGUCAGGGUGAUGACAGAUAUGAGAAGAAAGACAAAGAGGAGGAAGAAGAUGAGGUAGUAGAAGAGGGAGAGGAAGGCGGAUCUGAAAGUGACAACGGUGAUUAUGAUUUGCAUCUUGAUGAUUUUCAAGACGAUGAAGAUGACUUUAACCUGUCUGAUGAUGAUGAUGGUGAAGGAACAUAUAAUGAUUAG